AUGGCGAUAUACAGUUCGGUGACAGGAGCGGUGUCUUCAAUCCUAAGUCCGGUCACAUCGCAAGGUUGGGGACCAUUGGUCAGCCUGUGCAAAAAUGGAACCCUUUCACAAUUCCAGAAUCUGAAGCAUGGUAAGCUGGUGGUAUUCGAAGGCGGCUCCAGCAAAUCCUCGGUAGCGUUUGGUUCGGACAAGGAGGGCCUGCCAAUUGCUUUCCUGGAUGUACGCGACGAGAAGUUUUGGGUGCGAAUUGCGCUUUUUGCAGACAUGGGCUUCGCAGAGAGCUACAUGCUGGGUGAGGUCUCAACACCGGAUCUGACCAAGUUCUUCGAGCUCUUCAUCCUAAACCGCAACUACCUCUCCAACGGUUCCACUUUCACCUCUGCAAUCUCCAGUGGCCUUGCUGGUCUAUUGAGAGGCAGCAACAACCUCAGAAAUGCUCGCCUUAACAUCUCCGCACACUACGAUAUUUCGAACGAGAUGUUCGCUGCAUUCCUCUCGCAAGACAUGACCUAUUCGUGCCCGAUAUGGCUUCCGAAAUCGAACCCACUCUCGGCGAACGAAACCCUCUACGAGGCGCAAAUGCGAAAGCUCGACCGCUUCAUCGAUAACACACACAUCAAGGGCACAGAUCACGUUUUGGAGAUUGGUACAGGAUGGGGAAGCUUUGCCAUGCGGGCUGUCGAGCGGACAGGCUGCAGGGUAACUUCUCUCACUCUUUCCAUUGAGCAAAAAGAGCUGGCAGAAGAGCGCAUAAGAGCAGCAGGAAUGUCUGACAAGAUCUCGGUACUUCUGUGCGACUACCGCAGUCUGCAAGUCCCAGAAACAGGCCCCUUUGACAAGGUCGUGUCAAUUGAGAUGCUGGAGGCUGUCGGCAAAGAAUACCUUGUCACGUACUUCAAGUGCAUAGACAAGUUACUCAAGAAGGAAGGAGGCAUCGCCUGCUUCCAAUGCAUUACCAUGCCCGACGCCAGAUACGAAGCCUAUGCCAAAUCAGACGACUUCAUCCGCCGCUACAUUUUCCCUGGUGGCCAUCUUCCCGCGGUCUCAGAGCUCGUAGCAUCCAUCAACACGGGAUCAGAGGGCUCUCUUAUCGUCGACAGCAUCGAAAACAUUGGUCCUCACUACGCCAAGGCGCUGCGACUCUGGCGCGAAAAGUUCCUGGACUCUUGGGAGUCCACCAUCAAGCCGCAGCUCAUCAAAGAAAAGAGCAGCGAGGGUAUGGACGACGAGGGCGCCGAGAUCUUCAAGCGCAAAUGGGACUACUACUUUAGAUACUCCGAGGCCGGCUUCUCCACCCGCACACUCGGAGAUGUCAUCAUCACUGUCAGCCGCGAAGGCGCUAUGCAAAUGAUGGAAGAGGUGCCAUUGUGA